CGAAUUUCCACGAACUUCUCCGAAACCUGUCGAACAAGGGGGCCCAGACAACAGUCCACCGCGGAACUUCGCGCUGUUCGCGUAGUCUGCGGGUACAGUAUUCACGGUUAAUUCGAUUCAGCGGUUGUCGGAGAUCUUAAUCACAAUGGAUAACCAGCAAGUGUGGGUGCGAGACGCGACGGAGGGCUUUAUCAUCGGCAAAUUCGCGGAUAUGGUCGAUGGUGACGCACUGAUUGUACCACUGGAUUCAAAAUUUCCCCAGCGCACGUGUCCGCUCGAUGAAGUGUAUCCAGCUGGCGAGUAUACCAAAGAUGUCGAAGACAAUUGCGCCCUGAUGUACUUGAACGAGGCCACGUUGCUCAACAAUAUCCGCACUCGUUAUUUCAAAGAUCGCAUAUAUAGUUAUGUCGCAAACAUCCUCAUAGCAGUCAAUCCCUACUGCCCAGUGAAGGACCUCUAUUCCCCGAAGAUGAUCAAAUCGUACCAAGGGAAAUCCCUGGGCGAGACGCCCCCUCACGUAUUCGCAAUCGCGGACAAAUCCUUCCGCGAUAUGAAAGUAUUCAAGCAAUCGCAGAGUAUUAUUGUCUCCGGGGAAUCCGGAGCCGGAAAGACUGAGUCAACCAAGUACCUUCUGCGCUAUCUCUGCGAUCUUUGGGGGUCAACAGCGGGUCCAAUCGAGCAGAAAAUCCUGGACGCAAAUCCCGUCCUCGAGGCUUUCGGAAAUGCAAAAACAAAGCGCAACAACAACAGCUCGCGUUUUGGAAAAUUCAUGGAAGUGCAUUUUGACAAUAAAUGUCAGGUAGUUGGGGGCUACAUCUCCCACUAUCUCCUGGAAAAAUCGAGGGUGUGUCUCCAGAGCUCGGAUGAGAGAAAUUACCACGUAUUCUACAUGAUGUGCGCUGGGGCGCCUCCAGAUCUGCGCGCCAAAUUGUGCAUUACGAAGCCAGACGACUUUCAAUACCUCAGGAACGGCUGCACGCAGUACUUCUGCAACUCGGCUUCCGAGAAGAAGCUCAACGAUAAUCAGAAGAGCAAGGACCACACGUCGAAGGGCUCCCUAUCUGAUCCGAUUCUGGACGAUGUCGACGGUUUCACCGAGGUCGACCAGGCAUUCACACGUCUGGGGCUGACACCAGCGGAGAAAAUGGACAUAUACACGAUGGUGGCGGCGGUCCUACACCUGGGGAACAUCGCCUUCGAGGACAAUCCGGAGGACACCAAGGGUGGCUCGAGAAUCGCCGGUCGUUCGGAGAAGGCCGUCAUAAUCACAGCCAGACUCCUCGGGGUCGACCCAGAGGAGCUGCGUCAGUCACUCGUAUCGAAAGUCAUGCAGACCAGUCGUGGUGGGGUAAAGGGAACUGUGAUAAUGGUACCACUGAAGGUCUAUGAGGCCAGCAAUGCACGAGAUGCCCUCGCCAAAGCCAUCUACAGUAAACUAUUCGAUCACAUCGUAUCGCGCAUCAAUCAGAGCAUUCCCUUCAAAGCCUCUAGCUACUACAUCGGCGUCCUCGACAUUGCCGGCUUCGAGUACUUCAAGGUCAACAGUUUCGAGCAAUUCUGCAUAAAUUACUGCAACGAAAAACUCCAGCAGUUCUUCAACGAGCGAAUUUUGAAGUACGAGCAGGACCUCUACGCGAAAGAAUCGCUGAAUGUACCGAAAAUAUCCUACGCCGACAAUCAGGACUGUAUCGAUCUGAUUGAGUCGAAGAUGAACGGAAUUUUCAGCCUCCUGGACGAGGAGUCGAAAUUGCCAACCCAGAGUUUUGCCCAUUUUACCAGUGAAGUGCACAGAACUUGGUCAGGACACUUCAGAAUCACGUUACCGAGGACCUCGAAAUUGAAGGCCCACAGGGAGCUCAGGGAUGACGAAGGGUUCGUGAUAAGACACUACGCCGGUGGUGUCUGCUACCAAACUAAUCAAUUUAUCGAGAAAAAUAAUGACGCACUUCACGCUUCGCUCGAGGGACUCAUUCAGGAGAGUGGAAAUCACUUCUUGCGGACGCAGUUUGCGAAGCUACCCACGCAAAAGGGGAAACUGACGUUCAUCAGUGUUGGAAGUAAAUUUAAAACACAGCUGGGAGAACUCAUGGACAAGCUGAAGAGCAAUGGAACGAAUUUCAUUCGCUGCAUCAAGCCCAAUAACGAGAUGGUGGACCAUCAGUUCGAUGGGGGAAGUAUUUUGGGGCAGCUUCGCUGCUCGGGCAUGACGUCUGUCCUCCAGCUCAUGGAGAAUGGUUAUCCCAGUAGAGUUCCAUUCCAGGAGCUCUACAAUAUGUACAAAUCGUAUUUACCACCGGAAUUGGCACGACUCGAUCCGCGAUUUUUCUGCGAAGCUCUGCUUCACAGUCUGAAGUUGAGUAAGAGAGAUUUCAAAUUUGGAAUCACCCGGGUCUUCUUCAAACCGGGAAAAUUUGCAGAGUUCGAUAGGAUCAUGAAAUCAGAUCCGGAUAAUUUGCAGAAACUCGUGGCCAAUGUUAAGAAGUGGCUGGUGAGGUCGCGAUGGAAUAAAUUGCAGUUCUGCGCGUUGUCGGUGAUCAAAUUGAAGAACAAGAUUAUUUACAGAAGAAAUCACCUGAUUGUUAUUCAGAAGACAGUUCGCAUGUACCUUGCGAAGAAGCAUCAUCAGGCUAGGAUCAAGGGGAUCGUUAAGAUGAAGAGCUUGAAGAGCCAGUUGAUUAGAAUGCACGAGAUUACUAAUCAGUUGCGAAAGCUUAGGGACAAGAGUCUCAAAGAUAUUGAAACUCUCCAGUCGGAGAUUGACUCGGGGAUGAACACAAUUCGCCGGAAUGAGAGGAUUAAGGGGGUGGAAAUAGACGCCCUGUGUACUAAACUGAGUAAUGGGGUCAAUCAGCUAAUGUCCGCCCUUCAGGACAUGGUUAAGCAGCAGAAGAUUGAGGAGGAGCAGGAGCGGUUGACCAAGCUCCAGCAGGAGAUUGAAGCGGAGAAGAGGAGGAAGGAGGAAGAGUUGUUGAAGAAGAAGGAGGAGGAGGAGAACAGGCGCAAGAAAAUUGAAAUCGAGGCGAGGAGAAAGGCAGAGGAGGAGAACAGGAAGAGACAGGAAGAGGAGGAUAAGAAGACAGCACUAGCCCUACAGGCUGAGCUGGAGACAGAAGCGAUCGAGGAAAACCGAUACCGCGAAGUACUGGAGCAAGAACGAAGAGACCAUGAUCUGGCUGUUCGUCUUGCUCAGGAAUCAAAUGGACAGGUCGAGGACUCUCCUCCACUACCCCGAAGUGGCUCAGACUCGCGGGUUUCCACAACAAACAACAACAGGCUCAUCAGGUCAGAGCAAGUGCGAAAUCAUCAAGCAAUGGCGGCCAACAAGAAGUACGAUUUGUCGAAGUGGAAAUAUUCCGAGCUGCGGGACGCUAUCAAUACAUCGUGUGAUAUCGAAUUGCUUGAGGCUUGUCGUCACGAAUUUCAUCGCCGGUUGAAGGUUUAUCACGCCUGGAAGGCGCGAAAUCGUAGGAGAACUACCAUGUAUGAAAACGAGAGAGCACCAAAGUCAAUCAUGGAAGCCGCAGCUAAAUCCCCACGGAACCCCCUGAAACAACAGAUUGUUGAAUCAUCGCAGAGAUUCUUCCGCAUUCCCUUUGUGCGCCCUGGUGUUCCCCCACAACCGGAAAAUCCGACCAGCAUUGGGAAACGCGGUUGGUGGUAUGCACAUUUCGAUGGACAAUACGUAGCGAGACAGAUGGAAUUACACCCGGACAAGCCUCCCAUACUUCUUACAGCGGGUAUCGAUGAUAUGCAAAUGUGUGAGUUGAGCCUCGACGAGACUGGUUUAACCAGGAAACGAGGUGCGGAGAUUCUCGAGCACGAGUUCAAUCGAGAAUGGGAGCGACACGGUGGUAAGCCGUACACAAAUCCUGGUGAUCGUAAAAAGUGAAAAGUAUUUUUCACAUUUUCGAUAGAAAAUUCAUUUGAUUCAAUUAAUGAAACAGUGUUUCAGCUGUUGUAGUUAUUUACAGUGAUUUAGAGAAAGGCAUCGAGCUUCCCAUUUGAAAGAAGUGAAUUAUCGUGUUUUCGCAUAAUUUUUGAGUAGCAUAAUGAGAGAAUUAUUUAGAAGCUAUUUAUUAAAAAUGAGAAUUCAGGUUUUCGUCACAUGCAACCGUGAUUUUCGUUACAAUAACAUAUUUAUGCGGUAUCCCGGGGCAUGUAAUUCUACAUUUCACUGAUACUUGGAAAUAUAUUCAAUAUUAAAUUAUUUAAGAUUUCGUUAUUUACAAGUUAUUGGAAUAUUCACUGAAUGUUCAACAUUUUCACAGAAAAAUAAAAGAGAAACAAAACUUA